AUGUCGCCACCAGUGUUUCGUAUUAUCAUUGUGGGAGGAGGUAUUGCAGGGUUCGCGGCAGCUAUCGCUUUACGCGGACCUAAUAGACACAUCACAGUGCUGGAACAGUCAAGUCUCAACAAAGAAAUUGGAGCUUUAAUUUCCUUCCAGCCGAAUGCGUCGAGGAUAAUCCAAUCUAACUGGGGGCUGGAUUCACAAAAUGCGCGACCGAUGGUAGAUGAGGGAUUUCGCAUCUACAACACGGACGGCGAAUUGAUCAAUGCGAUACCACUUUUAGCGAAGAAAGUAUACGAGGCAGAUCGAUUACUGUUUCAUCGACGAGAUCUCCAUGAUAAUCUAAAACAUCAUGCGACUUCUGCUUUUCCCUCUCGAGAUGGCAACCCAGUUGAAGUGCGGAUUGCUUCAAAAGUGGUAAAAUGCGAUGUGCUUUCAGGUGUGGUAACACUUGAAAGUGGCGAAGAACUUUCUGCAGAUCUCAUUGUUGGAGCAGACGGAAUGCAAUGUGAUGCGCAGAUAUGUCUUGCCCGAAGAACCACUCGCACGUCCUAUGCCAACCGGAUUGUCAGCAUAUCGUUUGAUGGCCCCGGAAGACAAGCGGAGGUAUAUGGGAUUACUGUCCUUGUACCAGAUGAACAAAUGAACGAGGAUCCCAACGCGAAGCAAUCUUGGGUCGCCGAAGGUGACCUGAAAAAGAUUCGUCAAUCAUUUUCAGAAUUUCCCGCUUGGGUAACAAGUAUUUUCAAGUAUGAAAUCACGAAUACCCCUUUGAAAGACUGA